AUGUCGGCCGGCGACAGGAAGAAGACGGCCUGCGUGACCGGAGGAAACGGGUACAUCGCCUCGGCGCUCAUCAAGGUGCUGCUGGAGAACGGGUUCAGUUCUGCACCCUUCCAUGCUCUGAAAGACCGAAACGCACUGUCUGUGUCGCAGGCGUACCCGGUGUCCAAGGUGCUCCUGGAGAAGGCGGCGAGCAGGUUCGCGGCGGAGCACGGCAUCAGCCUCGUCACCGUCUGCCCCGUCGUCACCGUGGGCACAGCGCCGGCCCGGAGCGCCCGCCCCAGCGUCCUCAACUGCCUCUCCCUUCUAUCAGGCGACGAGGCAGCGUUUGGCGCGCUGAGAGCCAUGGAGCUGUCCGGCAUGCUGGCGUUGGUCCACGUCGAGGACCUCUGCCGCGCGGAGCUGUUCGUCGCCGAGGAGGCGGCGGCCGCGGGGAGGUACCUCUGCUGCGGCCUCAACACGACCAUCCUCGAGCACGCACGUUUCCUGACUGAGAAGUACCCGCAGUACACUGUGAAGACGAAUCUGCUCUCCGGCGAGCUGCUUGAGAAGCCGAGGGUGUCUCUCGUCCGCGAAGCUGGUCGAGGAAGGGUUCGACUACAAGUACAAGACGCUGGAUGGGAUGUACGACGACAUGAUCGACUACGGCAAGACCUUGGGGUUCUACCCAAAUUAUGA